GUUUUUGGAUUUCGCCGCCUUGAAGACUCCGCCAAUCCGAAGGUACCAAGCACGUCUUCUCUCUGUCUCUCCCUCAUUGCUCGGCCAGCCAGCGCUCAUUCUUCUUCUUCUUCACCUUCAUCGUCAUCUAUUCGACUUCUAGCGACAGAUUCAAGCGCAGCUUGGUUUUGUGUGGCUUUGUUGGUGCGCUGUUUAUGUGUUGAACAAGAGAUUUGGAAUUCGGGGGAGAAAGGAUUUUUUGGGGUGAGAAAUUGGGUGCCAUGUCGUAUGCUUACUUGUUCAAGUACAUCAUCAUCGGCGACACAGGCGUUGGGAAGUCAUGCCUGUUGUUGCAAUUCACCGAUAAGAGGUUUCAGCCUGUGCAUGAUCUGACUAUUGGUGUGGAAUUCGGGGCUCGGAUGGUGACGAUCGACAAUAAGCCCAUCAAGCUUCAAAUAUGGGACACGGCUGGUCAAGAGUCAUUCAGGUCCAUCACGAGAUCUUACUACCGGGGAGCUGCCGGGGCUUUACUUGUUUAUGACAUAACCAGGAGAGAAACAUUCAAUCACCUUGCAAGCUGGUUGGAAGACGCCAGACAGCAUGCCAAUUCCAACAUGACUAUCAUGCUGAUUGGGAAUAAAUGUGACCUGGCACAUAGAAGGGCCGUCAGCACUGAAGAAGGCGAACGAUUUGCGAAGGAAAAUGGUUUAGUAUUCAUGGAGACCUCUGCAAAGACCGCUCAUAAUGUGGAAGACGCGUUUAUCAACACCGCAGCCAAGAUUUACCAGAAGAUCGAGGAGGGAAUAUUCGAUGUUUCUAAUGAGUCAUAUGGUAUCAAGGUUGGGUAUGGAGGGACUGCUAGUGCUGGUGCUGGAGCUGCGGGAGGAAGUACCACCGUUCAAAGAAGUGCUUGCUGCGGUUGAUGUUAACCUGGCUGUUGAACAUUGCACGUUCCGUUUCAGUUUUAGAUCACAGGAGAAUCUAUUCUUUUCAUUGUGAAGCAAUUCUUCCAUAUUUUCCUGUUAUACAUAAGCUUAGGCAUACGUCAAGCAUAGCUUUUCUAACCCUUACGCAUUCGGGGAGCAAGUGCUUAGACUGGUUGGCCAUAGUGAUCACGCAGUUCGUUUUCAGGUAUUGGAUAUAGUUUUCUCACUCUUUGGGGGCUUCGGAAUGUCGCCGUUGUGAUUAAUAUCCUUGAGAUCUACCAUUGAUUAUCUUCAAUGCUAGAAGCACGGACUGUCUUUGGUUCUGGUAAGGCCUCUAUAAAAAGGUGGGAUUUGUUGCAGCUGCGGUGAACUUUUCAACAGGCCCGCCCUCGCCCUCAUCUGUGCGAGGAUGACGGUGUGGAUUUGGGAUUGAUGAACUAGGGUAUGCGGUAUACCUGAUGUAUGUUUGUAAUCAAGACUUAUAAUUAAAAUUGAAGGUGGACUUGGUAUAUUUGGAGUUAUUUUA